AAACAAGAAUGGAUCGUGCCUUUCACCGGACGAUUCCGCGUGGAGGCCUGCGGGGCAUCUGGAGGAAAAGGAUCCAGUGGAGUGGAGGGAGGCAGGGGGGCUAAAGUAAGUGGCAAUGUCUUGCUGACGAAAGGAGAGAGAAUUAUUGUACUUGUCGGACAAAGAGGCUCAUCGGAUGCUCUUCACAAACCGGGAAGUGGAGGUGGUGGAACGUUUGUUAUCUCUCAAGUUGGGCCUCUUCUUGUAGCUGGCGGUGGCGGAGGGGGAGGUGCAUUAAAAAAUGGUUCCCACGGAAAUGAUAAACAGAAUGGAAGCGGUAUCGGUGCUGGGAGUCAUGGUUUAGGGGGGUUUGUUUGUAAACAAUCUGGCCCAUACGGUCAUCCACCAGAUUCUGGCUCGGGUGCUGGCAUUAAUGGAAGUGGAGGAUGCCGUGUUGAUGGAGAGCCAUGCACAAGGCAUCCCUGUCACGAAGGAGGACAAUCAUUUACAGAGGGAGGAAAGGGAGGCAAGACAGAGGGAGGAAAGGGAGGCAAGGAGCCAAACUGUCAUGGUGGUUUUGGUGGUGGAGGAGCUUGCACGGACUUUGCACCUGGGGGAGGGGGUGGAUAUUCGGGUGGUGGAGUCGAUGAUAACAAGGCUGGGGGAGGGGGAGGGUCCUUCGUGGAUGAUGUGAUGGCUAGGUGGAGUGUUAUUAAGGGAGGGUGUGACGAGGGGGAUGGGUACGUUUCUUUUAUCAGUGAAGAGUGAUUCCAAUAAUAGAGCGGUUUUCAAGUAUAUAUCAAACACUCGAGAGAGUGUUUCGUCGAGAUGUCACCGAGAAACACCGAGAUCGAAGAGAGUUGAA